CCCGAUUCUCUUAUAGGGUUUGGAUUACGGUGUCGUGGUUUCGAAAGUUUAGCUCUUUUUUUAGAUGUGAAGGGUUUUAUCAAGUUCAGCGAGGUUUUUGGUAUUCUAUACUCGAACUCGAUGACCAAAUUGAUAAAAACUAAAGUAGAGGAUUGAAGCAGUUGGAAGUAAUGUACUCCUCGUCAGGUGCUUGUGCUUCCCACAAGUCGUAUCUUGAACGAAGAGGAAGAUGAACAUGGCAGACGCUUCCUGCCCUCUUCCUUGACUCCUUACUCAGAAGCAGCAUUAAGAUGCCACACCAUUUUGUUAAGAUCUUUAGGUGCUUUCUUGGUCUUAACUCCUACUCCAUAGCUAAAGCAAAUAGACAUAUUGCCUUCCCUGGUGAUGAAUAUUUUCUAGUUCAGUUGCAGAUGUAUCUAAAGAUACAUGGCAGACACUCGUUCUGGGUUCAGACGUUCCAGUUCUGGUUGACUUUUGGGCUCCUUGGUGCGGACCAUGCCGAAUGAUCGAGCCAACGGUUGCCAAAUUAGCAAAAGUUUAUGAAGGCAAGCUGAAAUGCUAUAAGCUCAACACUGAUGAAAACUCUGAAAUAGCUAAUCAAUACGGGAUUCGCAGCAUCCCAACUGUAAUGAUCUUCAAAAGUGGAGAGAAGAAGGAUACUGUGAUUGGAGCUGUGCCGGAAUCUACUCUGGCCACAUCCAUAGAAAAGUUCAUCUAGAGAGGACUACAAGGAUUGAAAUUGGUUCAAGGAGUCUUUUUCUUAGUUUCAUUAAUAUUUUUGCAUUCAGCUCUCUGUGCUGUAUAUAUUAUGCUUUUACCCUUCAACCAGGUUAUAUUGCUCACUGCUGUAAGAAGCAUUUGCUGAAAUCUAAAUUUCUGCUUUGCAA